CCUGCGUCCCCCGUUCGACUGUUCAAAGGCGACCGUUAAAAGGACGGCAACUGUCGAAGACCGUUUUAUCUGGGCCGACUGGAAGGAAAAAAGGAAAAACUUCACAGACGGAAUGUCAUCACAAUUCUGAUAGGAACACCAAAUAAAACAAUGAACGGUUUUGGCAACUCCAUUUUCCAAAAAGGCCAGGGAAACGCGGCCUCGGCGAACGGGGGCAGGACUCCAAUAUCAAUGUCCAAAACGAAGUUGACGCCCAGAAGUGUUUCAAACUACAAAGUAUCCACGCCAAAAAGCACUCCUAUCAAGGAUGAAAACACUAAACCUCUUUUUACGCCUAAGUGUGAAACACCGCUUUCCCAUCACAACAGAAUUAACAGAGGAAAACAUGGAAAUUCUGGCAAAAAAGUUAAUAGUGAGCCGAUCAAAACGGACAAAACCCCAUUUACGACCUACAACUCAAAAUCUGUAAACUCUCCAAGCUCGCAAAAAACAGUAACUACCUACAGUUCUGUCCAUACAACUCCUGGAAAAAGGGAUAAAUUCUUAGUUGAAUUUAACGAUGACAUACUUAUAACACCAAAGCACCUUUUCACUGAUAAUGGCGGGGCAACAGUUUCGGUAACGUCGACAUCAACAGUUUGCAUUGAAACACCAAUGUCGAGGAAAAAAGGAGCUUCACCUUUUAGUAGUCCGUUGAACAGAUCCCUGUCAACGAGCUCUAUAGUCAGGAGUUCAAAGUCUGAGUCUGCAAGCUCGAAUCUUAAGAGAUGUCAGUCAGAAGCCCAACUCUCAGUAGACACUUCACCGAACUCAGAGGCUUCCACCAACCCUGGCUGUAAGGAAGGGGAGAGCAGCAGGGUCACCGUGGGUGUUAGAGUCAGGCCAUUACACCAAAGAGAACAUGGAAAUGCAGUUUUUGUUAAGGGGCGGGAAGUGCGUAUAGCCAGUGAUAUGGGGGCAGUUCAUCGGUUCACUUAUGAUAACUGCUUUCCUUCGUCUGGUCCAGAAGCUGCUUCUCAAGAACAAGUUUAUGAAACUCUUGUAAAACCGUUGGUUGACAAUGCUUUUGAUGGUUAUAAUGCUUCCUUAUUUGCAUAUGGUCAGACAGGCUCAGGGAAAACAUACAGCAUGAUGGGUUCACUUGAAGGACAAAUGACCAUCACUGAAGAAACUGGUAUUAUUCCAAGAUUUUGCAAAGAACUCAUUUCAAGAAUUUCAGCCCUCGAUGAAAAUGGUUCUGGAGACACAAACAAACCGACUGUCACUUCAAAUAUUGAAAUUUCCUAUUUAGAAGUGUACAAUGAAAAGAUCCACGACUUACUCGUCCCAGGAUCCAAUGCAUUAAAAGUGCGAGAACACCCUGUGUUCGGCCCUUAUGUUGUCGACUUGACUAAAAAGUCAAUUGCUUCAUUUUCUGAAUUUCAGCAUUGGCUCGAUGUUGGAAAUAAAAAGAGAGCAACUGCUGCUACUGAAAUGAACGAUAAAAGUUCAAGAUCUCAUUCUAUUUUUACUGUGAUAUUAACACAAACUUUUGUACAGGUUGGGGAAGGAGGAAAUUGGAGCCAUGACCACACUAGACGGAGUCAAAUUAAUUUAGUGGAUCUUGCUGGAAGUGAACGGAUAGCACAUACUUCAGUGUCAUCUGAUAGAUUAAGGGAAGGAGUUAGUAUCAAUCGAUCACUUUUAACGUUGGGAAAAGUGAUAACUGCUUUGGUCGAUAAAAGAUCUUUCGUGCCUUACAGGGAAUCUGUACUGACUUGGCUUUUAAAGGACAGUCUUGGAGGUAAUUCCCGUACGACUAUGCUUGCUACAAUCAGCCCAUGUAGUUCGCACAUUGAAGAGUCCCUCGCAACUCUUAGGUAUGCCAGCCAGGCGAGGUCAAUCGUGAACACCGUCCGGAUUAAUGAAGCACCUCAAGAUAAAAUUAUAAGGGAAUUGAAAGCAGAAGUUGAACGGCUGAAGGAAAUACAGAAUGAAUUUGAACGCUCACAAUCGAUUAUAGUGACACCCCAGCACGAUAACGAGUUGAAGAGCAUUGAAUCAAAACUGCUGAAAACUAAGGAGGAAUUAGAACACUCAAAGAAAUUGCUCGAGGAGACAUCAAAACAGUUGAAUGAUUGUGCUGUGCUAAUUAAAAAUCACGAAACGGAAAAACUCGAGUUGGCGGAAAAAAUUAAAAUUUUAGACACUGAAAAAGGUGAAAUAGAAAAUAAAGCGAAAGAAUAUUUAGAUAAUUAUACGACCUUGGCCGAAAAAGUCGAGUCAGAAAAAUUAGAAAAAAGACUCUUUCUUUCUUCUGCAGAAGAUGAGAUGCGAAAACUGUUGAAUGACUACAACACUUUGAAAAACGAGUGCGACUUAGUUAAAGAGGAACGUAAACAAGCAGUCCAGCUUGUAGAAACACAGAAAUCUGAGAAAGAUGUGUUAAUAACAAAAUAUACCGAGCUAGAAGAGAAAUUGAAAAAUGCUGAUGAGGCAGCUGCAUCGUUAAAAAGUAAACUAAAAGUUGUAGAAUCUGAACUAGAGCAAUUGCAUGAUAUAAAUAAUCAAUUGGUAAAUGAGCAAACAGAUAUGAUGGAUAGAUUAAAAACUUGCAUUGAGAACAAUGAAGCUUUGACUUUAAAAUGUGAGGCUUUAGAAAAUAAAAAUAAAUUGUUAGAAGAUGACAAAAUCAAAGUGUUGGAUGAACACACGGCACUGAUAAACGAAUUAACCAUCCUCAAAGCUGAUCAUGCGCAUGUCAUCUCAGAACUGAAAAGUAAAAACUCUGAAAUUUCACAGUUGAGAUCAGAGUUGGAAAAAUUCAAAGGGAAACUUAUAAUGACAAAUCAGUUGGAAACUGAAGUUAAAAACAUGAAACAUACAAAUUCAAAGUUACAAAAACAACUAAAAAAUGUUGAGGUAGAAUUGGAAUCUUUGCAUGAAAAAAAUGACAAAUUACAUUUGGAAAGAGAUAAUCUGGAUUGUAAAUUACAGGAAUAUUCAAAGAUUAGCAAUGACCUUCUCGCAAAAUUAGAGUUUGAAGUUGUAGAAAAGCAAACAUUGAAUGAAGAAAUAAAAAAAAUGGCGGACGAACAUGCAGACCUCAAACUGGAAUUGGACACAUUGAAAAGCAUCAAUUCUCAACAUGUUGAUGUGUUGGAAAAUGGAAUCGCUGAAAAUAAUAAACUAAAGUCAGAGUAUGAAUUGUUAAAAGAAAAGUUUGAAACUGCUUCCCUUCUUGAAGGUGAAGUUUCAAACUUGAAACAAUCGUCCUCGAGCUUGAAAAAGCAGCUAAAGAAAAUUGAAAAUGAAUUAAUAUCAGCACAAGAGAAAAAUGCCAAGAUAACAGCAGAAAACAGCAAGCUUCAAAAAGAGUUGGAAAAAACUAUUGAAAAAAAUUCUCAGCUAUCCUCAGACCUUGAUGCGAAGAAAGUAGAAAAGAAGGCGUUGGAAGAGAAGGUGAAUCUAACCACAGAUGAAUGUAAACUUCUUGCUCAUGAGCUGAAUGUUUUAAAGAAAAGUUUGACCAAGUUGGAAACGGAUCUCGAGGCAAAGGAAAACGAAAUCAAGAGGCUCAAAAUUAGUGACAAGGCCACUGAAUGUGAGCUUAUAAAAAAUCUGGAGGCUUCACAGGAAAUUAUGCAAAGUCAAAUCCGUAUCCUUGAAAAAAAGCUACUGAAUGAAGAAAGUGAAAAAUUGAAGUUUGAAAAAGAGCGAGAUGAAGCUUAUUUAAAGCUGAAAGGCAAUGAAGACAUUUGCGACAAUUUGCAAAAAGACUUAGAAAUAAUGACUGCCCAAAUUUCAUCGCUCGAGGCACAACUAAAAACCUCACAGCAUACCCAGCAGGUGGUAAUGGAAGAAAAGCUCACAUUGGCGAAGGCUAUGGAGAAACAAUGCCUGGAUGGAUCUUCUUCACAAGAUUACAAAACAGCCUUGUCAGAGAAUGCCAAGCUAAAGAGAGAUUUGAACAUCAACGGACAGAGACUACAGAAAAAAGUGAAAAAAAUCGAGAUGCUCAAUGAGCGAGUCUGCAAAUUAGAAGAUAUCAUGAAACUAAUUCUCGAGGAGAAAAUAAGUUUCAAGAACCAAAAGGAAUUGCUAGAAAAAGCACUUAUCAAAAAAGAUGUCGAUGCAUACGAAUUCUUAAUGAACAUUUCAUUUCCACACCAUCUACAGCACCUGACUCGGAAGGCAAGACACUUUGCUGAAUUAUAUCGUAUACCAUAUGAUUUUAAAAUAUUGGAGAACAGUUCAGUAGAAAUUAAACACCUUUUACUGAGCGCCAAAGCCACCCUACACCACGGACAAUUUCAUGACUGGGUCGACAAAGUUGAAAAAGAGUCAUCCUGGCAAAAGAACUUUGACGUCGAUAUACCGUGGGAAGUUGAUUUUGGAGAUUACUACGAAAGGGAAAAUGACGUUCCAAAAACAUUGUUAGACAUUGAAGAGUCGGUCGAGGCGGACCGAGCCCUCCGCCUAGGGACCAAGAAGACAAGGCAUGGGUUUUUAGACCCGAUUGAAUGGAGAAGAAUGCUCGUUAAGAGGCAUGUGCAAGGAAUUAAAGAAGAUUCUGAUGUGCUUAUGAAGUAUUUCCCUGACUCUGAAGACUCGAGGGUUUACUCCAUUUUAAGCCGCAUUCAAGCUUCUGUUAUCCGACUUCAAGAAAUAACUAGAAAUGUCAUAAAAUGACAAUUUAAUAUAUGUAUAUAAUUUUAUACGCUGA